AUGGGAGACUGGAGCUUAUUAGGUAAUUUUCUGGAGGAGGUUCAGGAACAUUCUACAUUGGUAGGGAAAGUCUGGUUGACUGUCCUCUUCAUUUUUCGGAUUAUGGUUUUGGGAACAGCUGCAGAAUCAUCCUGGGGUGAUGAGCAGUCAGAUUUUAUCUGUGAUACAAAGCAGCCUGGUUGCACAAAUGUGUGUUACAACCAAGCGUUCCCCAUCGCACACAUACGAUACUGGGUGCUGCAAAUCGUUUUCGUCUCCACGCCAUCUCUCAUUUACAUGGGCCACACUAUGCACACAGUACGUGUGCGGGAGAAACAGCGGCAGCGUGAACAACAGGCCAAGGAGGAGAAAGAGGAGGAGGGCAGAGAUGGAGGGAAUGGAGGUGACAAAGAUUCACUGCAACAGAAGUACAGAGAGAGGAACGAGGAGGCAGAACGUAAACUGCAUUUACGAGGGGCAUUGUUGCAGACAUAUGUGUUAAGUAUUCUGAUUCGAAUUGCAAUGGAGGUGGUCUUCAUUGUGGUCCAGUAUAUGAUGUAUGGGGUCUUCUUAGAAGCCCUGUACCUGUGCGAAACCUGGCCGUGCCCGAACCCCGUUAACUGCUACAUGUCUCGCCCAACAGAGAAAAACGUGUUCAUUGUGUUUAUGCUGGUGGUGGCAGGCGUGUCUCUCUUGCUCAGUGUGUUGGAGCUUUAUCACCUGGGCUGGAAACAAUGCCGUCGAUGUUUACAAGCCCGCGCUGUCAACAACAACAAAAAACACAAAAACAACAACAGGGCCGAAACCCCUAUGACUAUUACCAUCCCAAAGUCAACAGCCCCAUUGGAGCACCCAGACACCCCUCAGACAUCUUGCACACCACCACCUGAUUUCAACCAAUGCCUAACAUCUGGCCAGGGCACAUCCACACCUACACACCUUCAUCAUCAUCUUCAUCAUCUCCACCCAAGCUGUCCGCCCUUCACAAACCGGCUAGCCCACAAGCAGAAUUCCGUUAACAUGGCGACUGAACGGCAUCACCAAAGCCAGGAAAAUGUGCAGCGGCAGGAAGAUUUUCUCCAGAUGAAUUAUAUGCCAACACUAAUGCCAAGCCCUCCUGCCACACCUCCACUACAUGCUACUUUAAUCAGAGAUAAACGCCGCCUUAGCAAAACCAGUGGUGCUAGUAGCGGACGAAUUCGCCAAGAUGACCUAUCUGUCUAA